UUGAUAUUUGCUCUAUUCUAGCAAAUAACAUGCUACUGUAUAAAACACCAUUUCGUGUUUACUUGUUAAUUCUGUGCUCGCAUCGUAUUCAAGUGCUAGCACACAAGAAGGUGCAUCAAACAAGCUUGAAAUUUUGGUUCCUCGUGAGUGGAGAAUUAGGUAAACUUCCCACGAAUCGGGCGGAAUAAUGGCGUGCUUCGGAGAAUUUCUUGUGGUCUUCGUGCUCUUCGCCAAAAACCAAGCGCUGGGUUGUGGUAACGCAGCAAACAUCCCAAUUGACCAAGAAAAACGACUUGUCAAUCAUGUCAUUCGCGAAGUGAUUGACAGCAACCCAAUUAACUGCUACUUGGAAUGUAAAAGAGAGAAAUGCUGCCAAAGUAUCAACUUCCGUCAGGACAGCAAGACUUGUGAGCUGAAUAAUCGGACAAAGGACGCAGGAUCGGACAAGCUAGUGUAUACCAAAGAUGCAUACUACAUGCCACGAGCUGAUAGAGUCUUUCUGGGCUCCAUUCCGGAGCUUCCGGCAGAUAAUUGCAAUGAUAUCAAAUCAAGUGAUUCAAGCGCUACGACGGGGUGGUACUGGAUAAACCUCAACAAAACAGGCAACGCAUCACGCCUGAUGUGUGACAUGGAGAUGAUCGAUCUGGACGAGUGUACAUCCGGAAUACACGACUGCUCAGUGCUUGCCAGGUGCAGCAACACCAAAGGGUCAUUCAAGUGCAUGUGUGGGCCUGGGAGCUACGGAGACGGACGAAACUGCAAAGAAAUAGAAAGUUGUCAAAAGAUUGCAGACCUUAAGGGUAAGGCAAGCGGAGUAUACCAGCUGAUGCCUGGAGGACCACCGGCUAUACAGGUGUAUUGCGUGACCAAGAGUGACGGUGGAGCCUGGACCAUUAUCCAGCAACGCCAGGACGGCAGCGUCAGUUUCAAUAGAAGCUGGAAUGAGUACAAAACCGGGUUUGGAAAUCCGUCAGGCGAGUUUUGGCUUGGUCUAGAGAGUAUCCACCGCCUGACCAAUCAGGAGGCGAGGACACUGCGCGUGGAGCUAGAGGACUGGGAAGGUCGCCAGGGAUACGCAGAGUACAGCGGUUUUUCUGUGGGUGACGCGGCUGCGCAAUACAAUCUUGCGGUCAGCGGAUACACAGGCAAUAUUGUUGACUCACUUACCCCAAAGCACAACGGCAUGAAAUUCACGACCCGUGACCGCGACAAUGAUCUCAAGUCAGACUAUAACUGUGCUGUAUAUUACCAGUCGGGAGGAUGGUGGAUGAAUGCUUGCUUUGCGUGCAACCUGAACGGAUUUUACCACAAUUCGUCCACCAACAAGUACGCCGAGGGUAUUAUGUGGUAUCACUGGAAAGGAUUUGAUUACAGCCUUAAAAUGACUAAGAUGAUGAUCAGGCCAACGAGCGGCUGGAAACCCUGAGUGAAGGAGUAGAUUGUGGCCAGUGGAGUAUGGUGAUGAUGAAGAUAAUGAUUAUCUUGAUGAUGAAAAUGAUUAUGAUGAAAGUGUAAUAAUAUCAGCUAUAAUAGCCUGUUAGAUAGUCACGCCCAGGUCAACAUGUAAUCCGCAUGAUCUCUCUCUCUCUCUCUCUCUCUCUCUCUCUCUCUCUCUCUCUCUCUCUCUCUCUCUCUCUCUCUCUCUCUCUCUCUCUCUCUCUCUCUCUCUCUCUCUCUCUCUCUCUCUCUCUCUCACUCUCUCUCUCUCUCGCAAGCGCUCAGCGAAAGCGAUAAGAAUAGCCCCAUUUUCUCCAUUAUAUACUUGAUUAUAUACUUAUGAAUACUAAAAUAGCCAACACUAAAUCGUCACAGACAGGUGAUGAUGAUUAAAUUAAAUAUAUGUU